CAGCUACUCACUCGUGCUUUCAGGCGGUAUACACUCCUGGAAGUUUCCCAUUUCUCGGGGAAACUUUGAGUUCGCGUCUUUGGCCUCACACACUGCAAGUCUCCAGUGUGCCGUGCCAGCGUCGUGAUUGUCGCCCUGAGACGACUUCGUUUUGCUUCUGCGUGGUGAUCGCGCGAAGGUGGACUAAGUAUAAUUUAUGUCUUCUAGAGCUUGAGCUUGUCGUAAGAACGCGAAGUCGUUGGACCGGACCUGCGCACUGGUGGUUGUACACACGCACGUUUGCGUCAAGCACGGACGUCGCGACAUACUACCAAUGCAAAGAUGGCGCGCAAUGCAUGGCGGAGCCGCUGCUGGGAUUUGACAGAUCCGCCAAGGCUGCGAGCGAUGGUUCUGCCAUCCCGAAACCGCAUCCAGGCCACAGAAGCAGACGAGCUGGGCGCACCUGGCACCUUUUAGGCCGUCUGACUCUGCGCGCGCCUCCACGACUGCAAGGUAUCACCGAUCGUGACGUCUUCUCGCCGGUGUCACGAUCAUCUGGGCUACACCGCUCGUUGGUACUACAAGCCAUGUGCGCAAGCUACUCUUCGCUCGUCGUCUGGCUUUGGACACAUGCGGGAGCUACCUCAUUGUCAGUACCGCGUUCGUCGGACAGGAGAGGAGGUAUAAAACACCUCUGUUCACUGACGAGGACCUCAGGAGUCGGACACAUCCAAUUCCAACGCAGACACAACCACCACUCACCUCCAUCGACACCAUGCGUUUCUUCCUUGCCAUCCUUGCCGUCGCUCUCGGCCACGUCGUCAACGCCACUCCUGUCAUCGUCGCUACCGAGUCCACUGGGGUGACGACCCUCGCCGCCUCCUUCCCCGUCUCCGAGUUGAGCAUUGAGUCCAGCGUCCACUCGAACACCACUCUCGCGGGCCGGGCCCUCCACGGCCUUGCGGCGCGCCAGGAGUUCCCCGCCAACCUCCUUCUCUGCCCGACGCUCAACUGCGCGAGCUGCCUGUCGUUCACUACGCAGGCUCAGGCCGAAAACACCUGCUUCAACGCAGGCUUCGUAUUCGACUCGGCCGCCAUCAGCCAGCCGAGCAACCAGGGCCUCCCGUUUGCCGUCCUCGUCGGUACCCCCGGAUGUGCCGCAGUCGCUCAGAUUCCGACGGUCAAUGAAUGCUUCAACCUUAACGGCGGGCCCUUCACCACCUUCGCGUUCUUGCCUUGA